AUGGAAGCCCCUCAAGCACGCAUUGACUCCUUCAAGAAAUCCAAGCGCGUAAAGAACCCAAACAAAACAUCCUCAACGACAACGCUCAAAUGGCCACACCCAUCUCAUUUCCAAGCCAAUCCAGAAUCUCUUGCUGAGGCAGGAUUUUACUACGACCCUAGUUUCGACGACCCAGACAAUGUCACCUGUUACAUCUGCGAAAAGGAGCUGGGAGGCUGGGAAGAGGACGAUGACCCGCUUCUUAUCCAUUGGACCAAGUGUGGACAGGCGUGUUGUUGGGCUAAUCUCCGUUGUGGUAUGAGACUGGACAUGGAUCAGUCGGGAAGAUACGUAUUUCACGAUAAGACGCGUCACCCAACCCACAAGUCAAUGGAAAAAGCCCGACUCGAUACUUUUGCGGCUGGAAAGGGAUGGAUCCAUGACAAGACGAAGAAUCAUGGGGCGUGUUCCAAAAUGAUGGCCCGUGCUGGCUUUGUUUUCACUCCUCAGCAUAGUGGCGACGACCUUGCAACAUGCUUGUACUGCAAUACUUCAUUGAGUGGUUGGGACGCAGACGACGAUCCCAUGGAGGAGCACCGCAAGAGGCAGAGCAAAUCCGAUCCUUGCCCGUUCUUCAGUGUUCCAGAAACUGCCCAAGGAAGUAAAUCCGCCUCCCGCGCACAAUCGACUAGGCCUCCAUCCAAAACCCAAUCCAAGCCUGCGUCGCGUUCUGUAUCUAAGUCAAAACACCAAGAUGUUAUCAUGCCAACCAAAACUUUUGACGGCGAAGAGGAAUCUGACCCGGGUCAAUCGUCUAAUACCACCCGGUCAACGACCAAAACGCCGCGGAAAGGUCGGUCAACGUCAGGGACUGCUAAGACACCAAGAAGCAAGACCCGGAGUUCAAGUCGUUCCGGGCUGAAUAAUGUGGCUGAAGAGGAGGAAGAGGCUCCUGUAGAACCUCCCACGACAGUCAAGAAAAAAGCUCGGUCACGCUCUCAGUCGGUUCAACCGUCAGAGGUCGCGGAUCAAACAGAGGAGGAAGGACCACGCAAACCAUCUCGCUCAAAAUCUCACUCAAAAUUGAAAGAAAAAGCUCAAUCUGAACCUGAACAAGAGGAAGAAGAAGAGGCACCUCGCAAAUCUUCUCGUGUCAAGUCCAAGAAGUCUGUUGCUCCCGUUUCAGUAGCACCGUCAGUGGACGAGGACGAGCCUCCGCGCAAGCCUUCACGAUCAAGAACCAAAACAAAGCCUGUCGAAUCGGAACCGGAGCAAGAAGAACCACCUCAAGUCGUUACAAAGCCCAAGCCCAAGCACCAGAGGACUGCCUCAAGAUCGAAGGCGAAAGCACCUCCUGUCCAAGUGGACUCGGAGCCAGAGCCGGAGCCGGAGCCCGUGGCAAGCGUCGCUCCGAAGAAGAAAACUUCAGCCAAAUCGCUGAAAAAUCGAGUUCCAGAUGCAAGAGAGCUCUUAAACGACGAUGUGGUCAUGGAAAGCUACAUCCCUCCACCGUCAUCUCCGCCUCCUGCACCCAGAGGGCCAUCGCCGCAAAUAGAGCUUGAACCCUUGUUCGUUCCUAAGCGUGUCAAGAAGACGCCUACACCUGCUCCAUCUCCAGACGAGCCUGGUGAAGAACCUGAACCUCAGCCAGUCGAAAAGGAGAAGAAGAAACCUGGGAGGUCCAAAGCGAAGCCCCAGCCAACUGCACCUGAGGAAGAGCUGGAAGAGCCCGAGGUAUCCGUGCCUUCGGAUGUUUAUGGGCCUCUCGGGCCUGCUUCCGUCAACCCAGCAAGCCAGGUUCCACCUGUGAGGGGGAAACCAGUGACGAAGCCCAAGACACCUGGGCAGGCGAAGCAGAAGAUAAAGGUCGUUGAAGUGUCAAGUGACGAAGAGGAACCGGAGGAGACCGAAUUGAGUAAGCAGACAAGGAAAGCAAGUGUUUCUGUGCAAAGCAGCAAAUUCGGUUCUCAAGACUCAACCAAAGCGGCGGCGGGUCUCCCUCCUGCUUUUGCCCAGCUCGCGCGGCCAUCAGAGGCUCGUUCGAAGCCGAUCUCUGCUGCUGGAAAGCGUAAGCCGCAGCUGAAGUAUGUGGUCGAGCCUGCUCAACCUCAGGUUUCCACCACCGUGCCAAUGGAAGAUGUAGACGUGAAAAUGGACGCUGUUGAGUCUGAACAUGUCUCCGUAACGGAACCUGAUGACGACGGAGACACGGAUAUGCACACCGCACCGUCGACCCCUCCUCGACCAGCUGCAUUCCACCAGAACCGCCAACAAGAAACGCAGCCUGCUACACCUCCACCUCGCUCCUCUCAGGAUCCACUGCCUCCGACAAUCGUUCUUCCAGAUGAGUCUGCGCCGCCGGAAGCACCGAAGGAACCUCCUUUGAUCCCCGCUCUGUCGAAGCUUCCGUUUGUCCCACUGCCCAGCCUGAGCGAUGCGGAGCUCGACAUGACGGUUGAGGAGUGGAUUCGAUACCAGAUAGAGGUGGAAUUCGAUAAGUUCCGCAGAGAUGGCGAGAGGGAACUGCAGAGGUUUAGGAAGAGGGCGGAGGAGGUUAGGAAGGUUAUUGAGAGUCUUUAG